AUGGGGAAGAAGGCGAAGACGUCGCGAAAGGGGAAGAAGGCGUGGAGGGCGAACAUAUCUACGGCGGACAUAGAGGAGUACUUCGAGAAGGCCACCAAGGACUCCCACAGCGGCGGCAACCUCUCCUCAGUCCCCAGCGACUCACUGUUCUACUAUGACAAGUCUUCCAAAGGUAAUAUACUCCUCUGCGCCCUGGUGUAAUUCUCUUGAGAAUGCCGCUGAUUCGGUGGGUUUUGGUUGCCUCUCUGACGAACGGUCGUCGAUUGUAUGCUGAGUGCUGCUUGGGGGAAUUUCUCGUGUUUCGCUUACUGUGGCUUUCUGACGACCAAUCGACGGUCAUAAAUUGGGUUCUGCUGUGGAAGCUUAGACAUUUGUUGUCCGAUGUAGGAGGUUGUGUUGUCAUUAGAACUGUGCUGGAAGCUAGUACAUUCCGAUUUGCUGUAGGAUGUUCAGGGAAAGCUUUUUAUGCGCGUAGAGGACGGACGGUUCUCAUGCCUUUUGUCAACUUUGCGAGGAAAUAUGUCGAUGAUAAGCAUAUGUUAGGACAUGUCGUGCAGUCUGUACUUCACCAUUUAUACCAGUUAUAAGCGGAGAAAAUGCUUCAACACAUCACGAAGCUUUGUCGAAGGAUUCACUCGAACAAUGAUUUAUAUGUUGUACCUUUUUUAAGGAUUCGCUCGAAGAUAGAAUGACCUCUAAAGGUCAUGAUUGACGAUGCAUAAGAGGGUCAGCAUGACCAGGUUUGGAAAUAUUAUCUUUGCUGAGAUGGUUAGUUUGCCUUCAAAGCAGCAUAAUUGGAUCCACCCAGUAGCGGCGGCUGUGUACGAAGAGUUUUGUUGUCCACUUUUUGUUCCUCAGAUGCUCUUAAGUUUUACGUAUCUUUGUUCAGCAUGCUACCUGGGAAUGUUGGAACUUUCCCAUGUGCAUGGAAGCCAACUGGGAAGGCUUCCUUAGGAGGUAGUAGGCUGGGAAUCCUUGCAAAUGUAUGAUGAGAGUGUUUUUUUGAACUUACAUCCGCUCUAAUGUAAAUAAAAAAAAAGUAAGAGAGUGUUCAUUUUUUACUCUUUUUAGAAUAAAUUUUAACGUUAUCCUUUUUGUCGAGUACAAUUCGUCUCAGAAUUAAUUUAAUUCCCGAAUUCUACUAAACAAUAUAUAAGCGUAAAAAAUCCUCGAAAAUAUGCACAUUCUGGCAUUACUGUCUCCAUACAAUCACACUCCAUUCACCCCUGUUGUUGCAUAUCACCUAAACUAUUUACCAUCACGGUGGUCUCCUACUGCCAUCAUAGUCCGGGAUUGUUGCUAACCCAUUGAAUUCUACCUUCUGCUGCUGCCACUGCCACCAAAACGUGCACAAGCGCUGGGCCUGCAAUUUACGACCAUGUUAAUUACUCUUAGUCACUCACCAUAUCUAUAACCUGGUACAAUUUUCAAACCUAUAUUUGCAUUGUGAGGACUAUCUAUUGCCGUUACCACUGAAUGAUGUCACCCACUAGCGCAGCCAAGAUGGCAGAGGAAAUGUGGUUUAUGUUAGAUGCUUAAUUUUCCUGAUCUUAGUUUGUUCUAUUUUAGAAAAGAGACAAGCUAAUUAAGUUGUCUGUUAAGAGUCCAAUGCAUUAAGAGUCAGUUAAGAAUUCAGUAAGAGAGGGCCUCUUUUUCUUCUCCUAUAAAAGAGGCACGAAAUUUUAUCACAGUGAACUUAUUUUUAGACCUAUUCCAGGUAAUUUCAUUUUGAGGUUUCCUCACUACUCCAUCCUCGUCUCCUCUCCUUCAUUCCCUGUUUGGGUAGGAGUGAAGGAGAGGAGACGUGGAUGAAGAAAAGAGAAGAGGGUUGUGUAUAAUUGCCACUGUUCAACAUAACCAUUGCCGUCCACCUACUGGCAAACUUUCCUGUACUGUGGUGACAAUCAUUGUUGUUAAUUUUCAUCCUUGAAACUGUCACUACCACCAGGGUACGUGUGGCCAUUUUAGUGUCCAUUCACCAAUUGAUGCCUCAUUACUGCAUGUUCAGGCUGGCUGCCUCUUCCAUUUAUGCUUACAUGGGACCAAAAACUAUGUUGUUCUGCAAUCAUCUAUCCGGCCGCUUUACUAUGUGCUGUCAAAUCUUGGAGGCCGUCGAUAUUAAUGUUAGAGGACUCUGCGAAUGGGUGAGUGAAGAUGUUAUGUCAUCAUGCUGGCCACAAUGACAUUGUUAUAUUCUAGGAUACUGAUGGUUUGCCGUUUAGUGCGUGUUUUUCAUGUCAAGAGGGGGAGAGUUUGGCUGUGAGCAUCAUGCAAUGAUACUAUAAUAUCACAAUUCAAUGUUCUCGUUAGCUCCUCUACCGAAUUCAAUGUCCCUCCUAGUCAUUGUGCUUCUUCUUUCCUUGCACUGUGAAGAAAUAAUUUUAUGGCUACCUCAUGUCACUUGGAGUGUUCAGGUUGGAUGCAGCUUUGAAGUUGAUAAUCUUCUAGUUAGGAAAUCUCUGCACCUCACUAGACUAUACUUAUCCCUAUUUCAACAUAAUGAUCUCCGUGUGAUGGAGGAUACAUAGAAUCUCUUCUUAAUUGGAUUGGUCUGGGAGGACGCAGUUUACUGGAGGGAAGGACUGUGCUCACGAUCCUCUUUGUUCGAGGGGGUUAAACGGUUGGUGAGAGAUUUAGCUCAUGAUCUUCUGCAUUAAAUUCUUAUUUCAGAAGAAAUUUAGGUGAUUUCGAGGUUUCUCUCUAUUUAUUACUUCCAUGGUUUUGCUUAUUCUCCUUGUUGCGCACGGUUUUUUCUAAUUUCAAUCAAGGGAAGAAAAAUAGACUUGUUCUGGCUCCAAUAUAUGCUCAUUUAAUCUUGGGGGGAUGUCUUAGAAGUGAACAAAUUGAUGCAUCAAUGUUUUCAAAAUUUUGAAACACUGCCCAGUUCCAUGAGUCACAGCCAUGACGAAGUUUGUACAAAUAUUUUUAGGGAGUGUUUUUUGCAACGUGAAUCUCUUCUGUUGUCCUUCAAUGAAAGUAAUUCGGGUUCAUUGCCUUUUUCAGAGGUGUUUUAUGUACUAUCAUGCCAGCAUUGAGAGUGUUUUGUAUUUACACGGUAUUCUCUUCCAUGUCCAUAAUUUAUGAUCUGACUGUCACAUUUUUUUUUCCAGAUAUUCCGAUCAAACGAAAAAUUGAAAAACACAGGGAUAAAAUUCUCCAUUAUGAUAGCAUACUGCAGAGGAACUCCUUUGUUCAGCCAGUUCCAUCCUCAACACUGAGGAAGUCCGAGAAGAAAAGAAAAGCAAUUUCAAGUUCAGAACCUAAAAAUGUCGAAGCUGUAAAGGUGUGCAUUUAAAGAAAAGGUGCAACAACAUUUUGAAAGAAGAAUUUGGAAACAGAUCGUUACCUUGUUUUCCUUUUCCUGAAUUUAUUUUUUAUAGGAUGGAAACAGCUUGGCUUCUGGACUUACUGAUAUAUGGAGUGAAGAUGGUAUUGGAAAUUUCUUUUUUUCUUGUCUUUUGGAGAGAUUACACAUUCUUUUGAUUGCCUUUUCAUCUGUCAAAUUGCAGAAAAGGAGAACCAGCAACCCAAGAAGGUAAAAUCUUUGAAAUUAAUACCAUAAAUUGUUUUUCUUCUUCUUUUUGUGAGGCUUCUUAUUUCAUGGACGCAGUUAGUUGUGUAUCUUCAUUAUCGAAAGGAAACUGUGGAUUCAACUUAGGCUCCUUUCAGGAAAGCUGUCGUAGAUGUGGUUUUGAGAAUUUGAUUUGGCAGUCUACCCACGCAACCUGCGCUUAAUUUAGAAUCCUAAUGUAUUCUCUCAUACUGGAAAUUGUUUGAGUGGGAAAUCUGGUGUAGUUUCUUUUGCCGAGCUGCCAAGCGUAUGUGGAGAACCUGACACAUGUAUCUCUCUUGUGUUUUGGUCCUCUUGACCUCAGUUCCCUUUGGCUGGGAGGUGAAGAUCCUUGCUGAUGUCUAAACUAGGUUGACUGCCACUGGGACUCCAGCAACUAGGUGCAGAUAUUAUUUUUAAUAAGAUAUUGGGAAGGUAUUUGUAUGAGUUAGAAAACGUCAUUUGCAUAGGGUCCUACUGUCUCCAGGUUCCAAUCUAGUUUGUAAGACUGUAAUCAUGAUUGUCAUCUCGUUCCAAUGCGCCAUAUUUCAAACUCUCGUUGUCUAACUUUUGGUCGAAUUCAGAGAAUUGGAGCUUAUUUCUCUCUCAUCGCUUUUUUUUUUUUUGGCUCACUCGAUUUACUUUUGAUUUUUUCCCCAAAGAGUAAAACGCUUGUUUACAUCGGUGUUGAACAGAAGUCAGCAGUUUCACACAUCCCAGCAGUUGAAGUAGAACCUCCCGGAUGCUCUUUCAAUCCACCAUUUGAAGCUCAUCAGGUAUUCCGUCCCUCCAUUAUUGUUCCAAAUGUCGUCAUUAUUCAUAUAGAUUUUCAUGCAUCCUUCUCUUGUAAUUAUAGGAUUCAUUAGCCGAAGCUGUUGCAGUUGAGAUGAGAAAAAUGUACCAGAACGAGUUGGGACCUCAACCAGUGCCGCUAAAAAUUUAUGGGGAAGUGGUUGAAGAAGAUGAAGUAAGUUGUGCAUGAAUGCUGUGCGAAAUGCUAUGAAUGGAAAAUUUUCAUUAACUUUAAACUCGAUAAUCGCUUAGAAAUCAUGUUUUUUUAUGGUGUUAACAAUAUCAGUACUUCUCAUGAUCCUCAAUGUUAAAAGCACAUCGGUUUGACUGAAACGAAAAUUCUGCUAGUAUAAACAAAUUAACCUUCUGGCCCACAUCUCAUUUGGAUCAGCUUCCAGCUUGAACACCAACAGGGUUGUUUUAAUGUCCUUUUCAGAAGUAUUUUCUUGAUGCAUCUGACGGAAAUGACGACUCAGAGGAGGAAGCCGAAGGCAGUGGCGAUAUCAAUCAUUUGCAGAGGUCUGAUCUUGCUUUCUAUAAAAAUCCAUUAUCUUUUUUUAAUUUCCGGAUGGUUCUUGUGCUUUGGAGAGAUGUCAGAGAUCGAAGCCUGAAAUGAAUUUAAUUCUGAUUUAGAUAUCCAUAUCCCCAAUACUUUAUGUCUGAAGCUGAAUUUCUUACCUCUCAAUCCAUUCCUCCUCCCACACUGUCCGAGUGACUUGAGCUUUUUUUUUUCUGCCCUGUCUAAUACACAGUCGUCGUGUCUCUUUUGGCCACUCCUGGGUGGACCAUCCUCACCCCCCUACUACCGACCCUCACUUUCUGACUUGCUACUCGGGCCACGAAGUUCCUAAUCGCUUUCCCAAGCGCACCUGUCUUCUCUGUUACUUGUUUUGGUUUACUUUACCCCACGUUGGCGCUUUUAGUGACCUUUAGUUGGUAGCAUUAAAGAAGUAAGCUUUUCUCGCCAGCAUUUUUUAUUUUUUAUUUUGGUUAAAUAAUCUGUAGACUAGGAGAGCCAUCCCUUUUCAUGAAAACCUAACCGUUCAUUGAGAUGGCUAUGAACUCCCUUUACAGGCUCUCUUUUUUUUUUUCUCUGCACAGAACGACGAAGACAAAGCGAGUCACUCGCGUGGAGAUGAACCGGAGAUCCAGACGGAAGCAGCGGAUGAAGGCAGAGGCAGAGGCAAAGAAGCGAGAGCAUGUGUCCAAGGAAAUCAACUGGUGGGUGUUCUUCAGUUUCUUUCCACUGGUUGUGGUGAUCCUAGUCAGAAAGCUUUGGAACUCCUUUUAUAACUUCUCUCCCUUGACAGUCUGCCGAACAUAAUCGAAGAAAUAGCACAGGAAGAUGAAGAGAAGGAUAGAAGACGUGUCAGACGGGUCACUGCUAAGCACGAGAGGCUCAAAUGUGCCCCACCUCGCCUGGGAAAGCACAAGUAAUCCCAUCAGUACCCAUUUAACUAAACUCCUCGCUUUCUGCAAGCCAUCUGGUGAAAACCUUGUGUAAUGUGGUUGGGUGUUUUUUUUUUUUUUUUUUUUUUUUUCUUUUUUUUUUUCUUUUCUUUUCUGGAUUAUUUAAUUACCCCUGAAAUUACCAAAGCAGGAGCUGAAGCCUCGUUGUCUCUGCUGAUUUCUCCCAUUGCAGAUUCCAACCGGCCCCAAUGCAGGUUCAGCUGUCAGAAGAUAUCUCUGGGUCCCUGCGGAAGCUCAAGGUCUGCUGUUUAUCUAUCAUGUUCUUCUGUCAUAGUUUUUUAAAAAAAAACAUUUAUUUUUUUUAUUUUUUUAUUAAUAUUUUUAUAAAUCUUUCCCCCCCCUCAUAAUGCGAUCCCUGUUGGUGUAUAUAGGGAUGCUAUACUCUUGCUAGGGACCGGUUCAAGAGCCUCGAGAAGCGGGGCCUAGUGGUGCCCAGAGCCAAAUUUUCCAGGUUUUAUUCUAGUUUAAUAUAUUAUUUCCGAUAAUUUUCAUAGAAUUCUGUCGUUAAAUAAUAAGAAUUAUUAUUCUUAUUUUGUUAUUGUGUCGUCUGCAGGCGCUGAAUGUCCCAGCUGGGCGUGCUGCUCCUUCCCAGAUGAAGUUGUUGCUUAAUUACGCAUAAAAUAUGAAUCGCGUAAUUUUUUUCCUCCGGAAUUAUUGGAUUUUCUUCAGUAUAUUUGUUCCUCCGACUAUUGAAAUCAAUAUAUUAUUCUAGUCAGAGGCCAUUGGUGCUCCCUUCUCUCUAUCGGUCAACUCGCGAUCAUCGGAGGGGUGUUCCAUGUAUGGUGUGAUCUUUGUUUGGUUUUGUGAAAUGCAUGGACUACGUUGGGCCCAUGCAGUUGACCUACCACCGGCGGAUGUCAGACCCGGCCGCAGCAGGCCCUCUCGCAUCCCUGUCGGCGUGGUUAUGUGGAAUGAGAUGAGAGAGGGAGAGAGAGAGAUGUCUCCCGCGGACGUAUACACGCCGUCACUGCCCUCACAAGGUAGACGAUGA